AAGUGCUGCCGCCGCGCCCCAGCCCGGCUCUCGUCGCUUGCAGAGACCGGAAGUGGUUCUGCCAUAGCGACCCAGCCCGGCUCUCUUCUGCUCCUUGUCGUCUCGCUUACGGCCUGUCCGGCUUGAGGUGUUUCGCGGCGAAUUAAACAGCCACCAUGUCGAGCAAAAAAGCAAAGACCAAGACCACCAAGAAGCGCCCCCAGCGCGCGACGUCCAACGUCUUCGCCAUGUUUGACCAGUCUCAGAUUCAGGAGUUCAAAGAGGCCUUCAACAUGAUCGACCAGAACAGAGACGGCUUCAUUGACAAGGAGGACUUGCACGACAUGCUCGCUUCCCUAGGGAAGAACCCCACUGACGCAUACCUUGACGCCAUGAUGAAUGAGGCCCCGGGCCCCAUCAACUUCACCAUGUUCCUCACGAUGUUCGGGGAGAAGCUGAACGGCACCGACCCAGAGGAUGUCAUCAGAAACGCCUUCGCUUGCUUUGAUGAGGAAGCGACUGGCACCAUCCAGGAAGACUACCUGAGGGAGCUGCUGACAACAAUGGGCGACCGCUUCACAGACGAGGAGGUGGACGAGCUGUACCGCGAAGCGCCGAUCGACAAAAAGGGCAACUUCAACUACAUCGAGUUCACGCGCAUCCUGAAACAUGGCGCCAAAGACAAGGACGACUGAGAGGACUCGGCCAAAAUGUUCCGGUGGUUGUGUCUCUUGCUGUUUCUCAGACACGUGCCCUGGCCCCAUAGACCUGCUGCAUGCGACUUAGUGUCACUGCUUCGCCUCUGUUUUCCCUCUUGAUGUAUUUAUUCUAGACCUUUCUGCCACUUAGCACUUGUAUAAUCAGGCUGCAAAUGGGGAUGAGGUUGUAAAUUGUAGUAGAAAAAAAAAGAUUGCGAAUAAAAAUCAACAAAUGUGAAAGCCCAGGAACAUAUGUGCGGUAUUUCUGGUUUUGCUGGAUUUUUACAUUUUUAUAUAAUAAAAAUGCUAUUUUGAAAUAAAGAUCAUGCUGACUCAAA